AUGGAAGGUAAUUCGAGGGCGACUCUGCUCUCCAUGAUAAAUCUUGGGUCUCGGGUUUCUGUAACCCUGUUGCUCGAUCCAUCCAAUCAUAGUCUAAUCGUCGACCUGGGUUUUUGGAACCAAACCACUGUUGAUCCUCCUGCGUUAAGAAUGACACAACUGCUGCAAGAUGACAGCUCAUCUGAUGACCUGAAAAGAAUUGGAGAUGCAGGUCUUAGCCGCUGGCAAGCAGUCAGGCGAGCCAAGUAA